CCGUCCAGCUGGCUGAAUGGAGAACGGAACAUAAUCCAUAUUCAUCUGAGAAAUAAAUCACUCAAAACAAGUUUUCCUUUUUUUAGAAUUUAAGAAUCGACCAACUUUCAUCAACGAAGCGGUCAGCAGUUUACAUGCUACUGAAAUGUCAAGAAAGGUUACAUGUUUGCUUCAACCAUGGCUUCAACUAUUUAUCGCCGUGUGUGUUUUUCCACCGUGUGGAAGUGCCACGUCUACGGGGCCACGCGGCAGUUUGACUGGCAUGACGACCGCAGCCCCACUACCAACCCCGGAGUUUUUUCUGGAUGGAAUCAUCGAUAAAUUCGGGCAGAAUGGGCGACUGAACGAGCAACAAUUACUUCAUCUUUUACAAAGAGUGCCUGUGGAGUGUUUGUCGGUAGACGAUCUACUCCGCAUACACUCGCUGACUGAAGAGGAAUUAAUGAAUGACACGGCCGGGGUGUUGCAAGCUGUGUGCCCAUCAAUACUCUUCCAAGCUGUCUCUGAUGAUUGCUCUGAUCUGGACAAAGAUUCAGGAGAACGCAAACCACCAACUACUGCGCAAGUGUGGGGCUACGGUGUCCUCUUCGUGACAAUCAUUAACUUGGCUGCCUUGAUGGGGGCUUGCAUCAUACCCUGUAUGGACAAAAAGAUCUACAAGUUGAUUUUGACUUACCUGGUUGGAUUGGCAGUGGGCACACUGAGUGGAAACGCAUUACUUAGCCUGAUACCUGAGACCCACGGCAUGUACGUCAGCACCCAUGGUCUUGGUUUUGUCUGGAGGAACACCACCAUCAUCGGGGGUAUCUACCUAUUCUUUGUCGUGGAGCGGCUCCUCAAACUUAUCUCAUCGCGCAAAGAAGACAAAAGAAAGAAAAAAAAUUUGUCCGGGUCAGACCUGAAAGUUUCAACCAUGCACAACAUGAGCGAGGAUCGUGACGUAUACAAGAUAACAUUAGCAGACUGUGCGCUACGUAACGGCUUUGCCAAUGCCAGGGAUAGCUCAGCAGAGGUCAGAGAGGAGGAGCAGUUUUUACAAGUAAAUAAAAACUCAGGAUUCAGACGAUUAGGGAAUGUUCCAAACGAUGAGCAGAGCAUGCAGGAUCAGUCAAAAGCUGAGACCGCAAACGGUCAUGGCCAUUCACACCUGGCCAUGACAGAAAACGGCAAAGUUCGCAUAGCGGCAGUUGCCUACAUGAUUGUAUUCGGCGAUGGCCUGCAUAACUUCAUCGACGGUCUGGCCAUAGGGGCAUCGUUUUCAAUCUCUGUAUUCCAAGGGAUAUCAACCUCUAUCGCCGUGAUCUGCGAAGAGUUCCCUCAUGAACUUGGAGACUUUGCUAUUUUGCUGAAAUCGGGCAUGACAGUCAGGCAGGCGUUACUCUUCAACCUGCUCUCAGCGCUCACCUGUUACGGGGGUCUCAUUGUGGGUAUCCUGGUGGGGCAGCUGACGUCAAUGGAGCCUUACAUUUUUGCACUGGCAGGGGGAAUGUUUUUGUACAUCUCUUUAGUCGACAUGUUGCCAGAACUACACACUGUGAACCAACACAAAGAGUUCCGGAUGUCCACCUCCUUAAAGAUCUUCGCUAUUCAAAAUGCCGGCCUCUUGACCGGCUAUGCUGUUAUGAUUCUGCUGGCCGUAUAUGGAGAGCACAUCACACUGGUCACCGGUUGAGUGCAAGACUUGGGGAGACCUGGAUGUAGAUUGUUGAAAUCUACAGGGAAUAGGGGUGAGCACAUUAAAUGCAGGUAACAUACUUUUUAAAACCUCACAUCAUUAUAUUUACAUGUCUUAUACUACCACUAUCAGUGCCUUCACUACAUAUUUUAGUAGCCUUCAAAUUCACUGGUCACCACUGGUUUAACUGUGGACACUUGUGACGGUUAAUGGUGGGUAGUUACCCACAAUGCAUUGCAUUUCCAUCACAAUACUGUAUUUGAAGAGAUAAGUCACCUUUAAGCCUAAUGCCCUUUGAUUGAAUGAUGGGUACCGUUGAGCAGCCAACAUGCAUACAUGUAGAAGCCAAUUCAAACAUGAACUAUGGUUCAUGAGUUAACAAUAACCAACUGUGUGUGUGUGUUUGAUUGUUGGCCUGCUGUAGAUUACCAGUUGAACCCUAAACCCUGGCAUAUCAACGUCUGGCUAGGGCACUUCCAUUGUUACUCAUAAAGAGAAAAAUAAAGUUGUGUAUGCUUAAUGCCACUGCACUGUAUGGUACCUUGUCUUAUCUAUUGUAUUUUAUGGCUUCAGAGAUCAAUAAGGUCACGUCCGCUUACAAGCGACAGGGCUGUAUUCUACAUUUGACUACUGUGUAGUAAUUUUUAGUGUUAUGUAGUCUUAGGGCUACUUAGGGGAGUUUGCGUCAACGGUUUAUCAACCGGCACAGGGGCAAGCAUCUCAGAAAUAAGAGCAAGUAUAACUACGAGUGUUAACAAGGAGUGGUUUGAGUGUGUAACUUUGUCCAUUGGUAUAGAGAGUUUGACUCACUCAGUGUUUACGUGUGAACUUCCACAGUGUGUAGCGUGCCAGUUUUAUUUAAUAUAUUUCCAAUAUUACCUCAUUAAUAAACAUGAGUUUGCAUUAUCGGCAAAUUGGAAUCCAAUACAAGCGGUCUAUAGGUUUUAGGAUCACACAAUGACAGUAGACAGGAUUAAUGGUAGCUCAAGCAAUACAGCGAUCUAUUCAGAUGUGCAAUAUGCAAAUAAACCACAUCACUGAAAGCUCGUAACUACUAAAUGGUGCAAUUUGGAAAUCACCGAGGAGUUCAAAUAGGUGGGAAUUUUAUUCGAGGUGAGAUUCAACAGUAAUUGUCUUUGUGUGUGUUUUUAUUUUGUUUGUUUUUUCUUUGCUUUUUACAUGUAAUCAUUUCAUGGGCAUAGAUCCAAGUUUUUAGAGGGUUAGAGGUUUUGGUAUAGACCUCUUUCACCCACAGGACUUGAUUGAGGGAGAUGUUUUCUAGGCGAGGCCUCAAGAAAUACUCCUCUUGUCCCAAAUCGUAUGUGAUAACCAAAAUGCAAGAGUCCAGCAUUUUUCGUUUUUUUCUUUCUUAGCAUCUUCAGUCAUUUUAUUAAACACUUGCAUGCGUGUAUACAUGUAUGUGCCUUAAGGGUUGUAAUGUGAGAAUGCUUAUUGGUCACAUCAUGUAAAGCACCUCAUUAAAUAGUUUAGCUGUGUACUCUAAAAGCAUUGUUUAAUUUUUUUUUAUUCUUUUGCCAAAUGGCCUAAUAUGUGUCUAGAACCAGCCAGUUCCAUAUUCCAACAGAGCAAACACCGAACUGGUUCACUCUGUCAGGCCAUAAGUUGUUCUGAAUUAUUCAGCCAUAUUUAAUUUAUUUGUUUCUAUUUACCUUACCUUACUUUACUUUACUUGUGUCUAUUUACUUCCUUGUCUUUUUAGUUAGCAAGUUAGUUCUCAAAGUGAAGGGCAUUUAUUCUGAGCACUGCCUCGUCAUUUUCACAUAAAGCUAUGCGUGUAUUCUUCGUCACUUUAAGCAAUUCAAACCACGUGUGCUGCAUGGUGCAAUCCUGGUACAAUCCCACCCAUUAGCCAUUCUCCAUCGUCGAAAAUCUCCAAAAUGUCGGAAUUAUUUUAUAAUAUAAAAUGGGACUUUGGGUCGGGAGAUAUUGAUUUUUUUCCACGUUAAUUUCCCUUCACCGAAGAGCAUUGUGUCUUAUUAAAUGUUUACAUGCCCUGCACCCACCGCUUAUCUGACUCAAAUCGGCUAGCCGACCCCCAGUGAGCUCGUGAUUGAUUGACAUUUGCGAGAGUAAGUAGCCAGUGUAAUUUUGGGGCAAGCCGGUGUCGACACAAAGCGCACAUUAUCAUCAUAUUCGUCGGCAGAGGGUGAGAAACACUCUUCAUAAAAGUCGGUGUUUCGUUCACGUAGUUAGGUCUUUUGAAAACAACUGAAAUAUUUCCAGUGUAUAAUUUACAGGUUUAUGGGUUAGAAUCGGGAAAAAACAAUCAACAGCAGGUUUUGCCGAAAAUGGGGCGCCUGGUACGUGUAAAAGGAAUCAGACGCAGCAGGGAACCCUUUUAGAAAUAAUUGCACCUAUUUUUGCUCGUGUGUGUGUGUGUUUCCUGUGUGUUGCGCACACUGCAUAGGUGUUCCUGUACAACUCCUAUGUCAGGUCAUUUUGUAUUUGGAAAUCACCAAAUAAGUAUCAGAUGCAAUGCUCAAUAGCUGAUAUGAGAUCGGUCAUGAAUUAUGCAUCUUUCCCUAAAAAUCAUGAAACGAACCACCGCAAAUCUAUGACGAAUGGAGAAGACGUGUACAUGUAACUGCAAGCCCAGAUGCUCAGGUUUGCUUAAAUACUUUAUGCAAUUUAGUAGAAUUCGUUCAGAAGAGGUGCCAAAUUCUUAUGAGCUGUCCCUUCUUCUAGUUUUAAGAGAUAUGAAAGGGCUCCAAAUUACCUCUCCUAGUGGUUCAUCACGUAUAUGAAAUCGCCAGUACACCGGAAUUCUUAUUUUGAAUUUAUGUUGAAAAAAUCCCUAACUUUUUUUUUAGUUGAUUUUGAAUUUUGUAUACACUUUUGUGAUUUUAUACAUUUGAAUGGACAUAAAAGUAAAGUUCUGGUUUUAACUGAAAGUUUUAAGUGGUAAAAGUUACGUCUAAAUCACGAUCAAGGCAGAUUUCUCAGUUUUGGCAACGGGAAUAAUUUUUCGAUUUAAUUGCGGCCGACACAGUUUUAUAAUCGAAGCAGAAUACACCCAAAGCAAUGUCGGAAAAGUACCAAACAAACCUCAGUAAUAUGUAAGUAGAAUAAAAUAAUGAAUUAAAAAUUCACUGAAGAUAAGACGCGGCGUGCACGCGCACAGUACAAUCAAGCGCUUAUUGCGGAGGAUUUAUACGGUUUGCAAUUUACACGUCUAAUUUUUUGUGUAAAAUUUUCUACACUUGCGUGUAGUCAUUGCUAUAUUUUUUAUAUAGGUCUCACUUGUUACUGUAGUUUCGUGCAGUUCCGAUAUGAUAUGAGAGACAAGUUCAACAUUCGUGUACCGUUUCCUCGUCAGACGUAAAUUUCACAAUUCACACAGCAAUCAAAAUUUGACAUACCUACAUGUGUAUUUAAACGUAUAUUGUUAUUUGUUUAUUUGUACAACAUUUUAGAUAAACCAAAAUAAGUGACCAUUGGACAAAGAUGAUUUAUACUGAUCAUUUGUAUUAAGUGAAACAUUUCAUUUAUAUAGUUCAUUUCUCCAAAUAGUGAUUGUUUCAAGAACACGACAUUGUUUUUAUGCUGCUAUGCAAUUGUAGCAUUCCUCGUGGGGUCUUUUUUGCAUCGGUGCAUAGUUUACCUGCGUUUGUGUGCGCAUCAAGUAUAACCUACUCGACCUGACAAAACGACUCACAAGUCACCGAUGCGUAUGCGCAUUUGAAUUCAGCCAUGCAUCAUGUAGGGUAUUGUUCAUUUGUCAUCAAUAGUAGCAUUGUGUAUUGAUGUUCUGUUUAGUGUACACUGUUUUCUUUUUUCCCUCCAAUUUGGAAGCCGAGUUGUUGCCUUUACCAGAGUGUUUACAAUCCCAAUAGAAUUAAAACAGACUUCAGGAAGCCA